AUGCGUUUCAGUGUCCUUCCCGUGGCCUUGGCCCUUUUCAACGGUCUGGCUGUUGCCAACCCCGUUCCUGAUGUCGAAGCUCGUCAAGCUGCUGGCCUUCACAAUGCCAUGAAGGCUGCCGGCAAGAAGUACUUCGGUACCGCCGUCACUGUCCGCAGUGACUCCCAAGAGAACGCCGUUCUCAACACCAAGGGCGAAUUCGGCUCUCUCACCCCUGAGAACGCCAUGAAGUGGGAGGCCAUCCAGCCCAACCGCGGCCAAUUCAACUGGGGACCCGCUGACCAGCACGCCAACGCCGCUACCUCUCGCGGCAUGGAGCUCCGCUGCCACACCCUUGUUUGGCACAGCCAGCUUCCCAGCUGGGUUGCCAACGGCAACUGGAACAACCAGACCCUGCAGGCGGUCAUGCGCGACCACAUCAAUGCUGUCAUGGGCCGCUACAAGGGCAAGUGCACACACUGGGAUGUCGUCAACGAGGCUCUCAACGAGGACGGAACUUACCGUGACAGCGUCUUCUACCGUGUCAUUGGUGAAGCUUUCAUUCCUAUUGCUUUCCGCAUGGCUCUUGCUGCCGACCCCACCACCAAGCUCUACUACAACGACUACAACCUCGAGUACGGUGGUGCUAAGACCCAGGGUGCUAUUCGCAUCACCAAGCUGAUCCAGUCCUACGGUCUUCGCAUUGAUGGUGUCGGUCUCCAGGCUCACAUGACCAGCGAGAGCACUCCUACUCAGAACACACCUACUCCUUCUCGCGCCAAGCUCGCCGAGGUUCUCAACAGCUUCACCAAGCUCAACGUUGAUGUUGCUUACACUGAGCUUGACAUCCGCAUGAACACUCCUGCUAACCAGCAGAAGCUCCAGACCAAUGCUGCUGCUUACUCUCGCAUGGUUGGCUCUUGCAUGGAUGUUAAGCGAUGUGUUGGUAUCACUGUCUGGGGUAUUUCCGACAAGUACUCUUGGGUCCCUAGCACUUUCCCUGGUGAGGGCUCUGCUCUACUCUGGAACGACAACUACCAGAAGAAGCCCUCUUACACUUCUUCCCUGAACACCAUUCGUGGUCAGAAGUAG